UCGUAAGUCAAAAACCGAAUCGCGUAGUAAAACCGCUACGAACGACUGAUCUUUUCCGGUAAUCGGGCAUUUCUGUGUUGUUCCCAUCUUCGAUCAAGUAGCGCAGUAAAAAGCUGCGUUGUUUGAAUUGUUAUUCGAUAUUGCCAUGAUGCUUGCUUCCGCCGUACGCAAUUUGUCCCGUCGGUCAUUCUCGACCUCUAAGGCGGUCUCAGCCCAACAAUUGACCGUCCGCGAUGCCCUUAACGCAGCGCUUGAUGAAGAAAUGGAAAGAGACGAGAAGGUGUUUCUGCUCGGUGAGGAAGUGGCCCAGUAUGAUGGUGCAUACAAGGUUUCCCGAGGACUGUGGAAGAAAUAUGGCGAUAAGCGAGUGAUCGAUACUCCCAUCACGGAAAUGGGUUUCGCCGGUAUCGCAGUAGGUGCGGCAAUGGCUGGACUGCGCCCGGUUUGCGAAUUCAUGACAUUCAACUUUUCGAUGCAGGCCAUCGAUCAGGUUAUCAAUUCAGCCGCUAAAACGUUCUAUAUGUCUGCCGGUACAGUUAAUGUCCCGAUAGUAUUUCGGGGUCCCAAUGGUGCUGCGGCAGGUGUUGCAGCACAACAUUCUCAAUGUUUUGGGGCCUGGUAUUCGCAUUGUCCCGGUUUGAAGGUGGUAUCGCCGUACGAUAGCGAAGAUGCGAAAGGGUUGUUGAAGGCAGCCAUCCGCGACCCAGAUCCGGUAGUAGUGUUGGAAAACGAAAUGGUAUACGGCGUUAGUUAUCCCGUGUCGGAUCAAGUUUUAGACAAGAACUUUGUGCUACCUAUCGGCAAGGCAAAGAUUAUGCGCCCUGGCAAGCACAUCACUAUAGUAGCACAUUCAAAGUCCGUCGAAACCGCGCUUCAAGCGGCUAACGAACUGGCGGGCAAAGGUAUCGAAGCAGAAGUCAUCAACCUGCGAUCACUUCGUCCAUUGGACUCGGAAACAAUUUUCAAGUCCGUACAAAAGACUCACCAUCUCGUGACGGUGGAGCAGGGAUGGCCUCAGAGCGGCAUUGGUUCUGAAAUUUGUGCACGCAUCAUGGAACACGAAACAUUCUUCCAUCUGGAUGCUCCGAUUUGGCGCGUGACUGGGGUUGAUGUUCCAAUGCCCUACGCUAAGACUCUAGAAGCAGCUGCGCUUCCACAAGUACCUGAUGUUGUCACUGCCGUUAAUAAGGUGCUAGGUGUGAAGUAAAUCUCAGUCCUAUCCAAUCUAAUCUUUGCGGUUUAGAACAUGCAAAAAAACAAGAUUAUUGCCCAUACAAGAUUUCGGUAAUGCGAGGCAUAUUAAAGUGCAGUUGGGAUUAGAUAAUGUUAACCGAGGUAUAAACAACUCUUAUUAUUUCCUUUCACUUUUCGCAUGUUUCAUGAAAAUAUCAGCUAAAUAGGUUUUUUUCUGUUUCGGUUGAAAUAAUUUGUCGACUUAAUAUUUGUGUUUUUAUUUGGAACUUGAAUCUACAGGAUGUAGCUACGAAAUCUGUGCCUCACAUGAGCUUAGUAGCACUAUACGUGGCAGAAUGUGUAUAUCAUACGAGUCUUGAAUACUAAGAUCGUAGAAUAAGAUCUUUGUAGGCAAAGGAAAUGCUGUUCAAAAAGCAAUCGGAGAUAAUUUAUUGUAAUUUCAUAGAGAUUUUUAAUUUCCUUAACUACAUCACCUUAUGCCAAGGGCAUAUAUUUUAGAACAAAUAGGAGCAUGCACAGAAAUUCUUUUGUCACCGGUUCAACGUUCAACCGGUUCAACCAUGCAAACGGUCCAUUAAAGCAUUCAAUACGCAGAGGAACUCGCUUAUACGACAGUUAGCGAUACGCCACCAGGAAAAGUAAAAGGAAGGAAAGUAACCAGGAAAAGUAACCUGCAGAAUGAAAAUAUUCCCGCAAGAAACAAUUGUAAAUAAAAUAGCCUCGUUUCAUCAUCAAGCUGUACGAUAAACUCAAAUAUGCAAAUCCAUAGCGAACAAACUACAUAAAUAGUACAAUGGAAAUAAAAACUCUGAUCUGCUGUUCGAUAUGGUGAUGAAAUGCAAUACUGGGACGAAUACAUCUAGUUGAAGGAUAUUAUGCUCAGGAAUAGCCAUUGUUUUUCUGAAUCAUUUUUGUUGCCACACAAACAGUAGUGAUGACAUGGUUAAAAAAUUAUGUGAACUGCGACAUGAACAACCAAUAUCUAUUUUAUCAAGUAUUUUAAUUAAGAAUUUCUUUUUUAUCGGCACAACAACCUCAAUAGAUCUAGGUCUGCAAUUUCUGGUUUUCUUUGACUUUAUUUACCGGUAGCCAGUCAGUCCUGGGUACGGAGAACGCGGAUCGCAUUAGAAGUUGCUACUCAGGAACAAAAUGGGCAGAGUCGUAUAUGCUUUAGUGGUCUCGUUGAACGUACCAACAUCGAUUACAAUAUAAAAAUGGAAAAGGGGAAUCGAUAAUGCAUUGGUAGUAACAUCAGUCUUCACACGACAGGACCGGUUCAAAAUCUUCCCAUCCGGACCAAUCACCCAUAGGACUGACUAUCCGCCUGCAUGGUAAAGUAAGUCUAGUAAUUUUGGACAUUUUUUAGGAUGUAUAAAAUGUAUUAUAUUAAAAAUAAUUUAA